AUGAAAUAUGUGCCAGGAGAAAAAGAAGAUCUCAGCACGUACAAACUCAGCAGAUUUAAAAUUGGUGAGAAUAAAAUUAUGCAGGAUAUUUCAGAAGGAAACAAGAAAAACGAAAUUAUUGCUAACGAGAAAGGUGGUAAUGAAAAUACAAAAAAAAAAAAUAAAAACACGACUUCUCUUUUUAAGAGAUUUAAAAUUUUUGGUAAAACAAAAAACGCACCAAAAGGUGAAAUGUCGGAUUUAAAAAAAAAUGAUGAAAAUAAUUCGAUAGAAGUUGUUAAUUUGUUAGAUAUAUCAAAAGAUGACGAAAAUAAAAGUAUCAACAUGAAUAGUAAUGAUUAUAAUAAUGAAAAUAAUUAUAAUAAUAAUAAUGAAAAUAAUUAUAAUAAUAAUAAGGAUCAUAAUGAUCGUAAUAAUGAUGAUAAUAAUAAUAGUGACAAUAGUAAUAAUCAUAAUAAUGUAAAUCAUAAACUUCUCAGCGAGUUUUUAAAAAAUAGUAAUAACACACACGUUAAUAACGAUGAUGAUAAUAUCAAAAAUAGUAGAAUGAAUAAAAUGAAAAAUUCUAUAAGUAUAGGAAAUGGUAGCAAAAUAAAUGAUAAAUCUGUUACUUCUAUUAACACAGAUGAAAGUACAAUAAAAGUUCAGGCAGAAAGUAAUAUUAUAAGUUCCAAACGCACAACAAGAGAUAGUGCACUUAUAAAUUCAGAUAUGUUAGGUAAAAAUUUUGAAAAGGAUAUAAAUAAAAAAAAAGAAUCUGUUAAAAUUGACUCAGAUAAUAUGUCUAUCGACAUAGAAAAAUCUGUAAUUCCAAGAAUAAGUGAAAAAAGAGACUCAUUAUUAAAUCAUAUUGUAAAAAUACCAUUAAAAUAUGCUUAUAAGAAUAGCUUAUCCCCAAGAAAUAGUACUGCACGUAGUGAAGAUAAGGAUGAUAAAAAUAAUGAUAAUAAAAAUAAUGAUAUUAUAAAUGUUGAUAAUAUAAAUGAUGAUAAUACAAAUGGUGAUAAUACAAAUGGUGAUAAUACAAAUGGUGAUAAUACAAAUGAUGAUAAUAUAAAAGAUGAUAAUAUUAAAGAUGAUAAUAUUAAAAAUGAUAAUAUAAAAGAUAAUAAUAUAAAAGAUAAUAAUACAAAAGAUGAUAAUAUAAAAGAUAAUAAUAUAAAAGAUAAUAAUAUAAAAGAUGAUAAUAUAAAAGAUGAUAAUACAAUUAAUGACAAUAAAAAUAAUGACAAUAAAAAUAAUGACAAUAAAAAUAAUGACAAUAAAAAUAAUGAAAACCAUAAUAAUGAUAAUAUGCUUCAUAAUGUUAUUGAGGAAGAAUCAAAUAAGAAACAUUCCUUAAGCCUUAAUAACCAUGAAAGAAAAAAAAGCCUUCCUGUUGAACCAUUAAAUAAUAAUAAUGAAAAAAAACAAAAAGAUAAUAAUAGUAAAUUUGUCCGUAGUAAUGAUAUCCAUAAUAAUAACAAAGAUAUCAUUCAAAAUAAGGAUAAUGUUAAAAGAAAAAUUUCAAAUGUAGAUAAUAAUAUAAAUAAUAUUAAUAACACGCCUAUUCAUAAGGUAGAUUCUAAUUAUAACGAUAAAAAUUCCGAUAAACCAAAAAAAUAUGAUAAUGAAGAAAAACCAUCUAAUACAUUAUCAGAGAAUAAUUCCAAGGCAGAGAAAAAAAGCCUCAAUCCUUUAUUUAAAAGCAAAAUGAAAAUAGAGAAAAAAAACCCUCCUGUUCUUAUAAAAACGAAUAAUACAGAUAAUAAAAAUAAAAAUAUUGUUAUGAAAAAAAAUAAUUUAGUUGAACGGGCUAAUUUAAUAAAAAAAAAACAAACUGAUAUAAUACACGAUGAAAUAUUCAAUGAUAAUCAUUUUAAAAAAAUAUGUAAUGAUGAAACAACACAAAUGCUAAAUGCUUUUGUUCCUUUUGAUUUGGAUCCUCCACCUUUGUAUGCUGAAAAUCCUGAAACAGUUAGCCCCUUAACGCCAAUAUCAGAAAUAAUCGACUUUAUAUACUCCAUAUUUAAUAAGAGCACAGAAGACACAAUAACACGUCUAAGAGAAUCAAAGGAUAACAAUGCAGAGUGCCUCAAUACUUUAAAACUAACAAUAGAAGCUUUAGACGGAAACGAAAAGUCGGUGAUCUCACAACUGAAUAAGAACAUGGCUAUCGAGAAAGAAUGUUUGGGAGAAGUUGAUGAAGUUAUUAAAUCAAUAAAUGACGACUAA